AUGUCUGAUAAUCAUAAUAUAUACUCGUUCCCGGUCUCAUCAUUUAAUUCAACAGAGCAUGAUCGUAUCUUUGACUGGUUAUACCUUCAAAUAAUUCACCACCAGAACAUAAAUAAUACACACAAGAUGUUUCAAUUAGGAACUACGUCCAUUAUACUGCUAAUUGUUACGUUAUAUUUUGGUUAUAGGUACUUUUUUAAUUAUGGUAAGGCCCUGAAGCCGGUUAGUUUUCAAAUGGCUAUGCCUGAACAAGCUCAAAAGCACUGGAAAGGAAAAAGGCUGUUCAAAACCGCCAUAUAUAAUCCUGAACACCCCAAUUUGAUCCAGAGCUACUGUCCUGCAACUGGGCAGUUUUUGGGGAAUUUUCCGUCCAUGGACAAGGAAAAGAUCGAUGAGCUGAUUGCCCGCGCUGCGGAAUCUCAGAAGCAGUGGAGUAGAACCACCUUUGACCAAAGGAUCCAGGUCCUUGAAACUUUAAGAGACUUUAUAUUGAAAAAUCAGGAGAUGAUAUCGCGGGUUGCUUGUAGAGAUUCGGGCAAGACUAUGGUGGACGCAUCUAUGGGUGAGAUUUUAGUAACUCUUGAGAAGUUGGAAUGGAUAAUCAAGCACGGGAAGAAGGUUCUGAAAACUUCCAAACGCCCAGGUCCUAGUAACUUUUUUAUGAAGUUCUACAAGGGCGCUGAAGUGCGUUAUGAGCCUCUCGGUGUUGUUGCAGCGUUGGUUUCCUGGAAUUAUCCAUUCCAUAACCUUCUAGGUCCUAUAAUAGCUAGUAUCUUUACUGGUAAUGGUAUCGUUAUAAAAUGUUCCGAGCAAGUGGUUUGGUCUAGUGAUUUUUUCAUUCGUAUGGUAAAGAAGGCGUUAGAACUAUGUGGGCAUCCUCCCGAUUUGGUUCAAUUGUGCUGCUGCUUCCCACCUAAUGAAAACGAUGACUCGGCAAACUACUUCACUUCCCAUCCUGGUUUAAGCCAUUUGACUUUCAUUGGAAGUAAGCAGGUGGCACAUCAUGUCCUAGCUGCUGCUUCGAAAACAUUGACUCCUGUAAUUGUUGAAUUGGGAGGAAAGGACGCUAUUAUUGUAUUGGAUUCCUGUAACAAAUUGAAACAACUUUCAUCCAUUAUAAUGCGUGGAACGUUCCAAUCGGCAGGACAGAACUGUAUUGGUAUUGAGAGGGUAAUUGUUUCAGCUCGCAACUACCAUGAACUUGUAAAUAUUUUAGAGAGUCGCAUAAGCGUAUUGAGAUUGGGAGCUGACAUUGACAAUUUGGAGGAAGUAGACAUGGGUGCGAUGAUUAGUGACAGUAGGUUUGAUGAAUUAGAAGAGCUGGUAAAGGAUGCUGUCAGCAAAGGCGCAAGGCUUUUGCAUGGUGGGACAAGAUAUCAUCAUCCAAACUAUCCCCAGGGACAUUACUUUAAGCCAACAUUACUCGUUGAUGUCACCACUGAUAUGAAUAUCACAAAAUGUGAAGUUUUUGGACCGAUUUUAACUGUGAUGAAAGCAAAGGAUACAGAAGAAUGUAUAAAGAUUGCAAACAGUACAGACUUCGGACUUGGUGGGUCUGUUUUUGGAAGUUCUUACGAAGAAUGCAACUAUGUCACCAACUCACUAAGAACCGGCAACGUUGCAAUUAAUGAUUUUGCUACGUUUUAUGUUUCGCAACUACCUUUUGGUGGAGUCGACGGCUCGGGUUACGGCAAAUUUGGCGGUGAAGAGGGACUGUUGGGUUUAUGCCUUGCUAAGAGUGUGUGCUACGACAAGAUACCAUUUGUAUCAACUCAGAUCCCACCCCCACUAGACUACCCAAUUAAAGAUAAUAAGAAGGCAUGUACGUUUGCUAACAGCUUUAUUACGGGCUCGUACACGAGCUCAACCUGGGAAAGGAUAAAGUCUCUGUUUACCUUGGCCAGAAACAGCAAUUAA